UUGGGUUCAGCAAACUGGGUUCCACUUGCUUGGAACAGCCCAGUUCUGUGACCUGUUCAAAUACUUUUCUUCUGAAUCUCCGUCUCCUUGUCUGCUGAGCAAAGAGUAAAAUACACUUUUUGCCAUGCACCAGGGUUUGCGAGCGCCGCAUUUGGCAAUGCACCUGUUUUUCUGGCACACCUGGUUGCGCAACGCGGGCGUCUAACACCCAACAGCGAAAGCGGAAACACCCACAGGUGGAUCCAGGUAGACGCCUGGAUCCACCCACCUCCUGGAGGUGGCCCUGAACCGUAGGCACCUGCGAGCUGGGCUUCUGACCCUCGCUGCCAGCGCGGGGCCAGCAGUGGGGGCGCCCCCUCCCCACUGCCCUCUGCAGCCUUUGGGGCAAGUGUGAGACCAGGGCAGCAUCGCGGCAGCUAUGGGGGAGCCAGAGGCUGCGGCUGAGGACCUGGACGCCCUCAUCGACAACCUGGACUACCUCCCGGGCCACUUCCACCUGGAGAUGCAGCUGAACUUCGAGCCACGCUCGCCGGCCUCGCUCCGCGCGCGGGACCUGAAGCUGCAGCGGGAAGGGCUUCGUCAGGAGCUCGAGGUGGCGACCACCCCGCAGCGCCCCGCCGUGCGCCACCUCCUGGGCACCUUCGCCUUCUACCUGGAGGAGCUAGAUGUGGCCCGUGAGCGUUUCCUCGAGGUGGUCCGCGAGGACCCGGGCAACCUCAACGCCUGGGCCAAUCUGGCCCAAGUCUACGGGCGCCUGGGGCAGGAGGAGGAGGAGGAGGCGUGCGCCGAGCGGCUGGCUGGCCUCAUGGACCCGCAGAGCGAUCGCGAGGCCGCUGGGGCCCUCCAGCUGCGCGCUGCGCGCUGCCUGGCGGAGCAGGGCUAUGCGCACGGCUUCGACGUGGGCUGCGCCAGCCCCGAGGAGCGCGCCCGGGUGCUGGCAGCCGGAAUAGGGCUCUACGACAAGGCGCUGGGCUACGGACAGCAGAUUCCAACGGAGGAGAAAAGGAGUUGGUACUUCACCAUGGCAACGCUCUUCAUCAGGCUGGAUGGCAUCCUUCUGGAGCUGGGAAGCGAGGAGCAGAGGCGGCUGCCCGCCUUCAACCGCACGCUGGCCCUGCUCCGGCAAGUCCUCAAGUCCUCGGACCCCCACCACCGAGCUCUGGCCUGGUGCUACCUGGGGAUGCUGCUGGAGAGGAAGGACACGUUUUCCACCACCCCCAUGGGCGUCCACGACUGUGGGUACUCAGGGACCGACCCCCUGGACUGCUUUGGCAAGGCCAUCGAGAUUGCGAAGGACCAACCUCCCAUCCUGAAUCGCCUGGCCAAAAUCUUCCACUUCCUAGGAAAGCAGGACAUGGCCAUUGGAAUCUGCAACAUGGCCCUGGAUAUCCUACGAGAUCCAGAGCUGAACAGGCAGGCAUACUGCACGAGGGCCAAGGUCCACAUCAGAGCCUACCUGCAUGAUCUGGAGCGAGCCAAGAUGGGGCUUGGGGGCUUGCCCGACAGGAACCACCUGGCCUGCGCCAAGGCUGACCUGGAGGAAGUAGUCAAGGUGUGCCCAGGGCUCAAGACCUAUCUGGACAUCAGCCAGGUCUACUACUACAUGGGCGUGGACGCAAUGCAGGAGUUGCUGGCGGUGGACGAGGCGGCGCUGAACCAGGCCCUGGUCUUCUUGGCCAAGGCUGGCGAGUCGGAACUGGGCGCCACGCUGCCCGAGCUGCAGCUGCUGCGUGGCAAGUGCCUGCGCAUCAAGGGCGAGGAGGCCAAUGCGGCGGCUUGCUUCAAGCGCGCGGUAGAACUGGACGACACAGGCUCCAGCCACACCGAGGGCUUCGGCUGCCUGCUCGAGGUGCUGCUGGCCCAGUGGAGCCAGGCGCAGCUGAGCGACGGAGAACUGGGCUGCGAGGUGGAUGUGUGGCUACGCCGUGCCCAGAGCAAGUACCCUGCGGCGCGCCUACGCCAGGAGCUGCAGCGGGUGUGGCGCGGUCACACAGGCGAGGUGCUGGGCCUGGCCCGGACCUUGGUGGCCCAGGGACGGCCGGCGCUGGUGCGGCUGCUUUUCGAGACCAUGGAGCUUGAGGGCGAAGGCAUGGGGGCACCUCGGGGCAGCCGGGCACUCUCCUUUUGAGGGACCAGGAAGCCCCGCCCUGCCGAGGCCCACCAACCAUUGAUUGGAACAGGUCUGUAUGCUCACCCCUUAGGCUGGCAGUUGGGGAAUUUGGGCACAGUGAGACUUUAGGCCAGUUGUGGCCUCGAAGGUGAAGUACCCAAUUCAGGAAAGCAGGGGAGGCUGGAGACAGAUGCAAGAGGCCAUUGGGAAACUGCCAAUCAAAGGACAGAAUUUUGCAAAUAUGCAGAGAAAAUAAGUGAGUCUCCUGAGAUACAGAAGGUAAUUGCCUCCAUGAAGGCAGUUGCCUAGUCCCUGUGCUCAAUCUGAGCCCAAGUGUCUGCCUUUGGAUUCCCUAAAAAGCCCCCUACCUAAGUUGACUCGAGUGGGUCCUGCUGCCAUAAAUGCUGUGGUUGGAGCAGAGGGCAAGUCUUCACAGAGGGGUAGGGCGGUGGUCUAUACUGUGUGCCCAGAGUUCCUUCCUGCCACUCCAGCAGGCUUCCGGCAGGCCUCAUCCUUGAUCAGCUUGGUCUGAAAGGCCCAAACUCUCUGGAAUUAACCCAUUGGUCAGACUUUUGCUUGACUUCCCUGUUCUAGGGACUUAGGGACUCCACCCAUCAGGAAGUGCCUCCUGCACUCCAUCUUGAAAAUUCUACAAUAGAAUCAAGAAAUUCUUGGAAUUUUACACUCUUGGAAUCAUAGUCAUAGAAUAUGAUUGUGGAAUUGUAUUGUCAAAGACAGAUUCUGAUUGUCACCAAAUCUUAGAGUGGCUAAGCUGGAUUCUUGUGACCCUUCCCGUAAGAGUUAACUUAACCUAAAAUUAUAGAUUACGCUCUCGCCAUAUGCCAGGAAUGCUGGCUCUAGAAAUUUGUAAUGGCAAGAUCCCCAUAAUGGUUUGUGAUUUGUUUUGCUUUUCCUCCCUUUGUUUAAUGAGCUCUUCUCACUGCGUCGCUCAUACCCCUAAUCGUCAGACAUUACCAGGGACGGGACAGCACCUAUGCAUUGCAUCUCAUGGCUCCAUGACAGCUGGAGGACAGGCUGAGAUGUGAGGUUCUUAGCCAUCACACACCCCAGUUCUGUCAGUAAGAAGAUGGGAAGACUGAGAGACCUAGAAGGGAGGUGACUUUCCCAAAAUCACACUUCCUACCUUCGCCAUCCUGUGCAUCAAACUUACUUUCAGCAUUUUUCAGGUUUGGAUAAAUACUAAUAAAGUACUUAAUA